AUGACAGAAAAACAUGAUAAUUCUAAAGUCUUUAUUGAUGAUACUUGUAUGUAGAAAACAAAAAACUUAGUCUAGAUUGCAUUGCCUGCAAUAUUUGCUCUAUUUUUUAGCUUUGUUCCUGAAUUAGUAAAUUUGCAUCAGGUUGGUUAAGAGGGGAAAGCAGAGGAGAUAAACGGAAUAGCCCUUGGAAAUAUAAUCCUUACGAUUUUACCUUUUACUGUGAUGUGGGGAUUCUGCGGAUCUCUUGAUACUUUUCUUGGCCAAGCAUUUGGAGCUUAGGACUUUGAUCUUGCUGGACAUUAUUUAAAUGCUGGUAAAACACUAAUGGUUGCGGUAUUCCUACCAAUGUUCGGAAUAGUCUAUUUUAGCGAAACUAUACUUGUGACUUUUGGUCAAGAUUCCAAAUCCUCUUAUUAAGCGUGGCUUUACCUUAUAUAUCUCACUCCAGGGAUAUUCUUUAUGUAUUAAUAUGAUGCAUAGAGAAGAUUGCUUUAGCAAUUCAAGAUGGUAAAGCUGCAAGCAAUGAUAUGUUUUAUCUCAGCGGUAGCUCACUAUAUUCUAAGUUAUCAAUUUAUAAGAGAAUAAAAUAUGGGUGUUAUUGGAGCAGCCAUCGCUACUAAUAUUGCUUAUUUUAUAAAUUUUGCUCUUGCUAAUGUCGUCUCAAGAUGGAAUCCGAUUCUCAGCAGAGCCAAUGUUAGAUUAGAUUUUACAUAAAUGAGAUUUAGAAAUUUAAUUAGAGUUGGGUUCUUCAAUAUGACAAUGAUAGGCCUUAAAUGGUGGUCUUUUUAGUAUUUGAUUCUAUUAGCUGCUAGGAUUAGCAUUAUUGAUUAAAUUGCUUUCAAUAAUCUUUUCAACUUUAGUUACUUAAUAAUUACAGUUGCGACUGGUAUAUCGAAUGCAUUUUCUUAGAUAAUUGCUAGUUCAAUAGGAGCUAAACAAUAUGAGAGAGCUAAGAGUUAUGGAAAAUUUGUUUAUUAAUAAGGAGUACCACUAGCACUUUGCUUUUGUAUCAUUUUACAGCUGUCUAAAAGAUAAAUAUCCUUGUUUUUCGGAAGUGAUCCCUUAAUUCUACAAAAAAUGCUAGAUUCAUUUGAUUUAGCCUCUAUUUCAUUAUUCUUCGAUUGGUUUUAAUAACUACAACUAAGUAUGAUUCGAGCCAUUGGGUUAUACAAGCUUGCCUCUUUUACUAAUUUUAUGGCAUAUGAGUGUGUGCUGAUACCAUUUGCAACAAUUACUGUGAUAUAUUUUGAUGCUAGCGUAUAUUCAUUAUGGGUGAGUUUAAUAGUUGCAUAUGCUUCAGUUAAUACUCUUUACUUUUUCGCAAUUUGGGGAUGCAAUUGCAGCAUCAAGCAAUUCAAGAAAAACUAGGGAAUAUUACACUCAGAUGAUAGUUAUGAAGUUUAAUAGGAAAAAUAAAAAUAUAUGGAUGAUGAAGCCCUUAGCAAAGAUUUAAAAAGAAAACUAAUAUGA